GAGAGUGGGGGGAGUCAGUGGGGUUGAGGGAGGGAGAGUGGGGGGAAGUGAGGUGGUAAGGGAGGGAGGGAGGAGGCGAGGAGGGAGGGAGGUGGGAAAGAGAGGGGGGAGGAGGAGGAGGGAGGUGGGAAAGAGAGGGGGGAGGAGGAGGAGGGAGGUGGGAAAGAGAGGGGGGAGGAGGAGGAGGGAGGUGGUGCCAGACACCGGCAGCAGAGGAUUUACCUGUGGGCCAGUAGAGCAGCAAUGGGCAGCCUGGGCAGUCGGCUGUCGUUGGGCCGAGCUGCCACCGCCGACUGUGAGUGUCAAAGGAGGAAGCGCGCACGGCCUGACGACUGUGACUGUUCGGAGAGUGAGGCCGAUGGACCAAGCUCCCCACGCAGAAAGAAGCUGAAAAGCACUUCCAAGUAUAUUUAUCAGACUCUUUUCCUUGCUGGAGAAAACAGUGAUAUCACUAUCUGUGCUCUAGGACAAGAAUGGCAUCUACAUAAAAUAUAUCUCUGUCAGUCUGGUUACUUUUCAAGUAUGUUCAGUGGAUCGUGGAAGGAAUCAAAUAUGAACUAUAUAGAACUCGAGAUCCCAGAUCAGAACAUCGACUCUGAGGCACUGCAAGUGGCAUUUGGCUCGUUGUACAGAGACGAUGUCUUAAUCCAACCCAGUCGGGUGGUAACGAUUCUGGCAGCAGCCUGCAUGCUACAGCUGGACAGUUUGAUUCAACAAUGUGGUGAAACCAUGAAGGAAACAAUCAGUUCCAAAACUGUUUGUGGCUUCUACACAGCAGCUGGGACUUAUGGCCUGGACUCAGUAAAGCAAAAAUGUCUUGAGUGGCUUUUAAACAAUCUCAUGACACACCAAAGUGUCGAACUCCUGAAAGAACUGAGUAUAGGUCUGAUGGAGAAGCUGGUGAGCUCUCCUGACCUGUUUGUGAUGCAGGUGGAGAUGGAUGUUUAUACUGCACUGAAGAAGUGGAUGUUCCUCCAGCUGGUGCCCUCCUGGAAUGGAUCCUUGAAACAGUUAUUAACUGAUGCAGAUGCCUGGUUUUCCAAGCACAGAAAAGAAACCUGCAGUUACAGCAGCUUCCUGGACACAGAACAAGGACAGAAGUUUGCCAUUGUCUUUAGUCACAUCCGCCUGCAAUAUAUCAUCAACGACCUGACAUCUGCUAAAAUUAUUGAGCGGGACAUGAUUAUUGCUUCAGACUGGCUCGCCGCCGUGUACAAGCAGCAGUGGUUUGCUAUGCUGAGGACUGAGCAGGACAAUGAUCUUGGGCCAAGGGAAAUAAACAAGGAUGAGUUUGAAAUGCACAGCAUGCGAUGUGGAAGAAAACUGGCCAAAGAUGGUGAUUACUGCUGGCGGUGGACAGGUUUCAGCUUCGGGUUUGACCUGCUGGUUACGUAUACAAAUCGAUUUAUUAUAUUUAAGAGGAACACACUGAGCCAGCCCUGCAAUGGGUCCGUGAGUCUGCUGCCUCGUAGAAACAUCGCCUAUAGGUUAAGACUGGCAUCAUUUGACAGCAAUGGGAAAGUGAUCUGUAGUCGAUCAGCGGGUUACCAGAUCCUGUCACUGGAGAAAGACCAGGAACAGAUUGUGCUGAAUCUGGACAGCAGGCUUCUGAUGUUCCCGCUCUACAUUUGCUGCAAUUUCCUUUAUACGUCACCGACAAAACCUGAGAUUGAUGAGCAGCCACCAAACAGUGAGAACUGAAAUGGGAUGCCACUGUGGCGUCUCUGUCCAAGAGCUAUCCGGCACAGAUGAUUCGCACUUCUCCGGGAGUAGCUCAUGGUUAUUUUAAACAUUUCUGGAGACAAAAUGCGUGCCUGUUCAUUGCACCGGUCUGAGGAACCACUCAUAAGGAAUAAAAAAAGUCAUAACCUCCACAAGCUACAAAGGGAAAGAAAAUGCUGCAUGUACCUUUCUCACUGUGCAGUUUAUUGUUAUUGUUUUAGAGAAACAGUUGUGUUCUGGGACUGUAAACUUGAGCUGUUCAAUUAAGAAUGUUUUAGAUGGGGUAAGCAUGCUGCAAACCUGCUUGUCCUUGGCUCAAGGAAUGUAGGCUGCUGUGUACUGUAUGAUUGAUUUUGAAAAGCAAUCAAGCAAGCAGCCAGGCCAGUAUGAGCAGGUCUUCAGUUGCUGUCUAGAGAGAGACAACGACGCCAACAGUAAUGGAGACCUAAAGCACUGUUUCUCCACUCCCUUUUCCUAGGUUUUUCCUCGAUACGUACUCAAGGUUUGCUCAGGCAGUGCUGCUGUUGCUGCCCAAAGUAUAGAGUUAUACAGCAUGGAAACGGGUUCUUUAGUCUAAUUUGUCCACCAAGAUGCCCACCUGAGUUUGUUCCAUUUGCCUCUGUUUGGCCCAUAUCCCUCUGAACCUUUACUAUCCAUGUACUUGUCCAAAUGUCUUUGAAAUGUUGUAAUUGUACCCGCCUCUACCAUUUCCUCUUGCACCAUCCUCUAUGUGAAAAGGUUGCCACUUAGGUCCCCUUUAAAUCUUUCCUUUCUCAUCUUAAACCUGUGCCCUCUAGUUUUAGACUCCCCUACCCUGGGAAAAAGACUGUGACCAGCCAUUUUAUUUAUGCCCCAAGUUUAGAAGUAUUUUCUGUCAGUCUUUGUCGAUGAGUCGAAGCACAUCGUGGGACCAUAACUAACAGAAAAACUCUACUUACUCACAGGCAGCAGAGGCUCCACCAUAGCAAAUUAUGGGGCUGACUGAUCUCUCCUCACCCCAUCCUGGGGACAGAAAUAAGUUUGUGACAUCUAGUUCCUUAACCAUAUCUGGCUAAAGACUAUUCAUGGAGCUGCAGAGGAGGCCAGAAUUGUUUGCAUAUGAAACUUUAAAACUGUAACAGAAUGGCAGGAACAAACAGCCAAACAGCUUUCCUUCCUCCCUAUCCCAAAGAAAAUGGGUCAGCAAGAACAAACUUUCAGCUGUGCCUUUUCACAUUCGAUUUUUUUGGCUGCAAGAGCAAUAGUACCCUCAGCAGGCAGGAAACUGUAAUAUCGUCUGUAUUUUACAAAAAGCUGUCUUGCAAUACAGCAGAGUCUUACCUAUUACCAAAUCUAAAAGUAGUUCAGAUAACCUCGCUGCACUUAAAACUGAAUCACGGUUUUUCCUAUUUAGAAUGAGAGUUACUCUUUGAAUAAGAAAUGGAAGAGCAGAGAAGGGAAUGAACAAGAUGUUUCAUUCUUUACUUUGAUGCUGUAUCUUGUUUUACAGUGUCGAAAUGAAAGUCAUGCUUUGUACCUCAGUGAAACACUGUAUUUGGCAAUCAUUAAACAUGUCACCCACUAUUUACUGAAAAAACAAAAAAACUGUAGAUGUUGGAAAUCUGAAAUAAAAACAGAGAAUGCUGGAAAUACUCAGCAGGUUAGGCAGCAUCUGUGGAGGCAUUUCAGAAAUGUUAACUGUGUUUCUUUCUUCACAAAUGGCAUCUGACCUGCUAAGUACUUCCAGCAUUCUCUGUUUUUUUUACACCACUGUUUACUGCUUGUUAUUUUCCCUAAUGAGGCAUGGAAGAAGGGAUUUAUUUCAGUCACCUUUCUUGAGUAAGUGAUAUGCAAGUUCAGCUCUUGGUGGCCACUGUCACAGACACAAUGCUGUAAUUACACCAGCCCCAGCACUUGGAGUUAAACUUCUGCAGUGUGGAACAACACUGGCAAUCUGUGACAGCCUCCAACUGCAAUCUGGAACAUGAUGCUCCUCACUUCCUGGUAAUUUCUGGCCUCACUAUGUUUGAUCUAGUAACAUGGCUUGUAAAUUGUGACAUCUGGAGUGUAAAUUGGGAUGACAUUUUUGAAGCGAAAUGUACUAUGAAAAUGUGGUCGUUGUUCAGGGAUCUCUUGCAGGAUGUUAGGGGUAAAUUUGUCCCGGUGAGGCAGAGAAGGAAUGGCAGGGUGAGGGAACAAUGAGUGACAAGAGAGGUGGAACAUCUAGUUAGGAGGAAGAAGGCAGCAUACAGAAGGUGUAGGCAGCAAGGAUCAGAUAGGGCUCAUGAGGAAUAUAGAGUAGCAAGGAAGGAACUUAAGAAGGGGCUGAGGAGAGCAAGAAGGGGACAUGAAAAGGCUUUGGCGAGUAGAGUUAAGGAAAACCCCAAGGCAUUUUUCAGUUAUGUGAAGAGCAAAAGGAUGAUGAGAGUAAAGGUAGGACCGAUUAGAGACAAAGAUGGGAAGAUGUGCCUGGAAGCUGUGGAAGUGGGUGAGGUCCUCAAUGAAUACUUCUCUUCAGUAUUCACCAAGGAGAGGGGCCUUGAUGACGCUGAGGACAGUGUUGGUAAGGUUAAUGUUCUAGAGGAUGUUGAUAGCAAGAGAGAGGAUGUGUUGGAGCUGUUAGAAAAUAUUAGGACCGAUAAGUCCCCAGGGCCUGACAGAAUAUUCCCCAGGCUGCUCCGCAAAGCGAGGGAGGAGAUUGCUGAACCAUUGGCUAGGAUCUUUGAGUCCUCGUUGUCCACGGGAAUGGUACCGGAGAAUUGGAGGGUGGCAAAUGUUGUCCCCUUAUUCAAAAAAGGUAGUAGGGAUAGUCCAGGGAAUUAUAGACCAGUGAGCCUUAUGUCUGUGGUGGGAAAGCUGUUGGAAACGAUUCUUAGAGAUAGGGUCUGUGGGCAUUUGGAGAAUCAUGGUCUGAUCAGGGUCAGCCGGCAUGGCUUUGUGAAGGGCAGAUCAUGUCUCUCAAGCCUGGUAGGGUUCUUUGAGGAGGUGACCAGGCAAAUUGAUGAGGAUAGUGCAGUAGAUGUGGUCUACAUGGAUUUUAGUAAGGCAUUUGACAAGGUUCCACAUGGUAGGCUUCUUCAGUAGGUCGGAGGGCAUGGCAUCCAGGGAAGCUUGGCCGUGUGGAUUCAGAAUUGGCUUGCCUGUAGAAAGCAGAGGGCCAUGAUGGAGGGAGUGCAUUCAGAUUGGAGGGCUGUGACUAGCGGUGUCCCACAAGGAUCGGUUCUGGGACCUCUGCUUUUCAUGAUUUUUAUUAAUGACUUGGAUGAGGGGGUAGAAGGGUGGGCUGGCAAGUUUGCAGACGACACAAAGGUCGGUGGUGUUGUGGAUAGUGUGGAGGAUUGUCGAAGAUUGCAGAGAGACAUUGACAGGAUGCAGAGCUGGGCUGAGAAGUGGCGGAUGGAGUUCAAUCCGGAGAAGUGUGAGGUGGUACACUUUGGAAGGACAAACUCCAAGGCAGAGUACAAAGUUAAUGGCAGGAUUCUGAGUAGUAUGGAGGAGCAGCGGGAUCUGGGGGUUCAUAUACACAGAUCCCUGAAAGUUGCUUCACAGGUGGAUCGGGUAGUUAAGAAAGCAUAUGGGAUGUUAGCAUUCAUAAGUCGUGGGAUCGAGUUUUGGAGCCGCGAGGUAAUGAUGCAGCUCGACAAAACUCUGGUUAGACCACACUUGGAGUACUGUGUCCAGUUCUGGUCACCUCAUUAUAAAAAGGAUGUGGAAGCGUUGGAAAGGGUGCAGGGGAGAUUUACCAGGGUGCUACCUUGUUUAGAGAGUAUGCAGUGUGAGGAGACACUAAGGGAGCUAGGGCUUUACUCUUUGGAGAGAAGGAGGAUGAGAGGAGACAUAACAGAGGUGUACAAAAUAUUAAGAGAAUAGAGUAGACAGCCAGCGCCUCUUUCCCAGGGCACCAAUGCUCAAUACGAGAGGGCAUGGCUUUAAAGUAAUAGGUGGGAAGUUCAAGAGAGAUAUCAGAGGAAGAUUUUUUACCCAGAGAGUGGUUGGUGUAUGGAAUGCGCUGCCUGGGGUGGUGGUGGAGGCAGGUACGUUGGUCAAAUUCAAGAGAUUGCUAGAUAAGCAUAUGGAGGAAUUUAAAACAGAGGGAUAGGGGGGAGGUAGAGGUCAGAUAGUCUUAGACGAGGUUUCAAGCUCGGCACAACUAUGAUUCUAUGAAAUGUUUACCCUUCUGAGGAAUGGCUCCAAUUUUACAACAACUUACCUCUAUAUUGCACAUUUAACUGAGAAAAAAGUCCCAAAUUGUUUCAAGGGAGGGUCAUCAAAUAAAAUUUUACAACGAGCCACACAAGGAAUCAUUAAUACCCAACAGUGCAUUUCAGCCCUAACCACUCGCUGUGUAAUAAAGUUUUUCCUCAUGUCAUUUUUGGUUCUUUAGCUAAUUACCUUAAUUUUAUCUUAAUCCUUCUGUCAAUGAGAACAGUUUUCCUGCAUUCCAUUGUGUCUAUUGCCUUUAUGAUCUUAAGCAAUUCUAUCAGAUCUUCUUCAACUGCUGUUCCAAGGAGAACAAUCCCAGCUUCUCCAGUAUCUCCACAUAUCAGAAGUCCGUUAUCACUAGAAAUACUUUAGUAAAUCUCUUCUGUACCCUCUCUAAUGUCAUUACAACUUCAAUUGCGACCAGCCGAUGUUUUAUGCAUAUAAAAGUAACUUUCUUUGUCUGUAUUUAUAAAACCCAAGAUCCCAUGUGCUUUUCUACUGUUCUAAUCCAAGCCCCUACCCUGCCACUUUCAACAAAUUAUGCAUAUUUGUCCUCAGAUCUCUCCAUUCUUCCCCUUUUAGUUUACAUUACCUUUUCACAUUCUUCCAUUCAAACUUUAAUACUUUGAAUUUCUCAACAUUAAAUGUCAUCUGCCAGAUAUCCACCCAUUCUACAGACCUCUCCAUACUGUGUUCCUCACAGCUCACCAGAAGUUUUGUGGUGUCACAGAUUUAGAAAUUGUAUCAUAUAUGCCCAAGUUCAAGCCAUUAAUGCAUUUAUUAAGGAAAAGCAGUGGUCUUAGUAUCAAUCCCUGAAGAAUUCUGAUAUAUGCUUCCUUCCAAUCUGAGAAACGAUCUCUCCCUACUUUUUUUCCUUUACUGAGCCAAUUUUCUAGCCCUCCCGCUACAGCCCUUUUUCAUUCUGAGCUUCAAUUUUGAUGACAAGACAAUUAUGUGGCUUUUGGAAGUUCAAUCCAUGUUGGUUUUUUCUAAUCGAUACACCCUUGUCCAUGUGACUUCUAGUUCUGUCCCUGAUUGUUAAUCUUGGGUAAGGUACAAAACAGCAGUUUGCGCACAGCAAGCUCCUGCAAACAGCAAUGUGAUAAUGCCUUGUCCUCAAAAUCUUUUAUCUCCCUCGUCUUCAAAUAUUUCCUCAACUCAAAGAUAUUGUUUGGAUAAUAUUUAAUUCUCAGCUAAUAUGAUUUAAAAAAAAGUUUGACAGGUAUUUAUCUAUUUACCUUUGACUUCUUAAUUCAAUGGUUAGAAGCUGACGCCCAGAUUCACUCCAAACCCUGGGCAUUCCAGUUCAGAACCUAUACAGUAUUCUGUUUAUGUAGAUUCAAUUUAGUUGUGGAAGUGAAACGGCCUGGAAAUUAGACUGUGCAUUACUCAAAAAAUAGGUGCUGUGUGAACAAAAAUUGUGUUAAUGUGGUAUUAACCACUUUUAAGUAUGUUUCUUAUUGAGUUAACACUUAGCAUUUGUAAGGAUGUAUAUUUUGAUGUAAGAAAUUUAUGUACCCUUGUGCCGUUCCAAAUGGCAUUCAGUAAGGCAGAAACUUUGUCUCUGGUGAGCUUGUCAACCAUAUUGCCCUACAUCAAAGCGGGUGCUGAUAUCUCACAGAAAACAAAACAAUUUUUAGUGAUACUGAAGGUGGAAAUUGAAUGUUAUUUAGGUGGUAAGGAAAAUCCCUCUUGCAAUAUAGGCAGAGUGCUGUUCAAUUCAGAAAUGGAAAUCUCAGGUAAUCUGACCCAAACUGUGAUCCCAGUAUCACUGCUCCAGAUGAUGUCAACAGGUUCCCUCUCAAAAUUAGGUGGUCAGAAAUGCCAGGUGUUUUUUUCACAAAGUGGUGCCUUAUUUAUGAAAUAAGAAAAGAGUGAAAAUCUGGAAAAAUAUACUGACAAAGAGGUGGCAUCCAUGGCAAAAUGUUCACGGGGGUCUCUAUAAGGGUAUGAACACCCUCUGUGAAUACCACCACUUUUUUGGGAAUUCUGCACUGAUCCCAUAUGUCCCCUCCAGGUGAGAAUGCAGAAGGCACAUGUCAACAAUGGACUGUCUACUCACGUUGUUGGUAGAGCUGUUCUUGACAUCUGCAAUGCAGCAGUGUCAUGUGGCAUAGAUCAGCAGAGGUCACUUGCUCAAAUCCUGAGGCAAGGCUUACGAGAGUGAGGUGGUCCUGACUUCCACUGUGAGAGCCUUACAGUUGCUUGUUAGACAAAACUCUGGUAGCAAAUAGGCACAAGUGUCUGGAGCAUUCUCAUAGUACUUCUGAAGUGUUGUCCCUGUGUUUAGGAAAUGUGGCACUCCCUUAGUAUCAGAGUAUUAGCCUGAAUUUUUAUGCUCAUGUCUCUGGAAUAAUGUAAAUCAUUCACCAAAGCUUUCUUUUGCUUCUGGCUCAUUUUAUGGUGCACUUUGCAAACAACUGUAAGAUCUCAGUGUCCCUGCAGGUGACAGCAUUGAGCCAUAUGUCCUCACUGAAACACCAGAGGAAGCAGAGAGUAAUGAAAUAAAUAUGUCAAGAGUUUAGCUUCAGACUAAGGUGGUGAAGAUUUUGGUGGUCUUGGGCUACAAGUGGACAGACUGUAGGGCCAUAUAUAAAUAAAUAUCUGUUCCCAUGCAUCUUUCAAAUUAAGAUUUUGUCUCAACCAAGGGAGUCAUUCAGCUCAGAA